UUGGAAUAGUUAUAGGCAUAAAACUACAAAUUAGUCAUUGUAUUUAGUUUUCAUAAAGGAAAAAGGUGAAUAUAUGAAAUAAUUCUAUGAUUAAUAGAUCAGGCCAUGUUUGGUGGCGAUAAAAUGGCAGCUGUCCGCCUUGGUGGCUGGUGGUGACAGCCGGUGAGAUGAGCUGGGAACCAAACCUGAAGCUGUACAAUAAUUGGAAACCAAAUUAUUUUAUAUGAAACGAAAAAAGUCAUGUUUAUGUGGAAAACCCUAAAGUUUACUAUAGAAGUAGAUCUACCUAAUUUCUAGACUAUGUACUGGCAAGGAUUGCUGAAGUUGACUAAUAAUUUGCAGCUCAAUAAGCACAUGAGGGAGCAUUGAGUAAAGAUAAUUAAUGCCACAACCAUGUUCUUCUUCAUUUGAUCUCUCUCUCUCUCUCUCUCUCUCUCAUGGCCUCGGCAUCACACAGUAGAAAUUCCAUCUUCAAGAAGGAGAGAUUACAGAAUCUGUUUUACGCAGCUCCAGUGUUGUUCUAUACUGUAUUUUUAACAAUACUAUUCAGUUUUUACGUUCUUUGCUAUCCAAGAAGUACCAUCAACUACACAGCUAAUAUUAUUCAAGUAUACAAUCAAACCACCAUCUUUAUUCAGCCUUAUAAAAAUGAUAGCAGAAGCUGUAACUUGUUUAAGGGUCAGUGGAUUUUAGACGAGAGAGGUUCUUUGUAUACGAAUUUUAGCUGUACGACAAUUCCUUACAAAAGAAACUGUUUUCUUAAUGGAAGGGAGGAUAGAGAUUUUUUGCACUGGAGAUGGAAACCAGAUCAAUGUGAACUUCCUCGUUUCAGCCCGAAAACUUUUCUUAGUACGGUUCGAGGGAAGACAAUGGCUUUCGUGGGUGAUUCAGUAGCCCGGAAUCAGAUGGAAUCCCUUUUGUGCCUCCUGUCUACGGUAGAAACUCCAAAAGAAGUAUACAAGGAUACUGAAGAUCAAUUUAGGGCAUGGGAAUUUUCGAAGCAUAACUUCACCCUGAUGGCUUUCUGGUCUCAGUUCCUAGUCAUUGCAACUGAGAGAGUAGUAAACGGUUCAACCACUGGAGGUUUUGAUUUGCAACUCGACAAGGUUGAUCAAAAUUGGUCUGAGAAACUAGAUCUCAUGGAUUAUGUAAUUUUCUCGGACGCCCACUGGUUCCUCAGGCAGAAUUAUUUAUACGAGAGCGACAAUCUUAUAGGCUGUGUAUACUGCCAGGCACCAAACGUGACAGAUCUUGGGCCAAGUUUCGCCAUUAAAAGAGCCUUCCAAACUGCAUUUAAGCAAAUUAAUGAGUGCAAGAACUGUAAAAAAAUAUUUACAGUUUUGAGGACAUUUUCACCUUCUCAUUUUGAGAAUGGCACGUGGAACACGGGAGGUGGGUGCAACAGAACUCGACCUAUAACGAAAGAAGAAGUUGUUGGGAGGGAUUCGGAUUGGGAAUUCAAGAAAAUUCAAGUGGAACAAAUCGAAAUGGCAAGAAAAUUAGGAGAUUAUAGAGGGAACCGGUUUGAAAUUCUUGAUAUUACAGAAAUUAUGGUGAUUAGACCAGAUGGGCACCCGGGAUUAUACUGGGGGAACCAAUGGAUGAAAGGUUACAGUGACUGCAUCCAUUGGUGCCUGCCUGGCCCCAUUGAUACAUGGAAUGAAUUUUUGUUGGAGAUGAUCCAGAGAUAAAUUUUUUCCAUAAUGAGAAAUUCAAAUUUGUAUUUUA